CUUACAGUAACGGUGUCCGUGGAAUGCCCGGCUUUGCUCUCAGUCACUCUCUUUCAAACCUCAUGCACACCGGGAGCUGAUGAGUAAGCCCAUCCGACUGUGGCGGCCACGCCAAACGCGCACCUCUGACGACGCGGGCACCACCAUCUUGAAAACUACGCUGCCACAAGCACCACGAACAUCCGCGCCUUACCAGCUCGCAGCUGAGACACGCGAACCCCCGAAUCAUGUGCCAUCGCUUACUUACUUUUGCAUCCGGGCUCUCCUCGACUAUCCGGACCAAAUCCACGCUCUGGGCUCACUGCGCCUCACCUAUAGCCCUCCGGAGACUCCGGAAGCAUACGACAUUCUCCGCGAGCUCAUUCCCUCGUACCGAACAGACCAACCACUUGACCUGGCCAUAGUCGAUCCACGCCUCUGGGCGCUGCUCAUCCAACUCUACAACGACCUCCCUGCAGUGUUGCGCUUGUACACAGUCCCCCUUGCUGAUGCCCACCUUCCUUUACUGCAACGCAUCCCGCCCACUUCUGACUUCGCACUCGUGACCAUCCUUGAGCUUCCUGGCUGCCGAGAGCUUACAGACCAGAAUGUUCUAUUGCUCAAGGACUUGCAUAACCUCUGUGCUUUUGAUGCCAGUGGUACCGCACUUGGUGCCUGGGGUGUAAAGACCCUUGCAAAGACUUUGACAAUAUGUCAGGAUGAGGACACCAUGAACACACCUUCUGGUCCAUAUAGACGUGGGCCAUGGGGCUUGCGCAUCCUCAGCUUGCGCAAUUGUAUGAACAUAGAUGACGAUAUUUUCAACUGUCUCCCCAUGUUUCCACUGCUCUCCGUGGUCGACAUCAGAGGGACUCCUUGCAGACCACAAAUAGUCGACUCUUUUAGACCAUGUGCCCAUGAUGGGCUUUUCCACCCUACUCCACUCCUGGAUGCCCUUGAUACCCUGGACGCGCUCGCACAAAGCCGGAAACAGUCUCUAUUCGCACAUGCACGGCCGUACAAACUCAGGAUUCACCGCCUAGAGCACGAGAAGCCGGCCCCUGCAUCGAGUCGGGCCCGGGAUCAAGGACCCUCGAGCUCGCUCGGUAACCGCCGGGAUGUUUUCCUCCCACCUCGCACUGUGUCAUUGUUGUCGCUUGGAGCUGCCAACAGACUGCUAGAAUCCCCGAUCAGCAGAUACAGGUACAGCACGUCCGGUCAUGCACGCAAACGUGCCUCCUCUGCUCCCGGAUCCACAGACACACGGUUCAUCCUCUUUCGCUUCCCACCGGACUGGAGCUUGCUGCCUGCGUCCGCCGGAUACUCGCAGACACCCUGCUUCGGUUACACUCGAAAGAAAGUGAAGCUCGAUGUGCCGCUGGAGGACCCCCUGUCCGUGCCAGAGGGCGUCUGCGACCGUGCAGACGUCAAGGCGAGCAUGACGGCCCUGCAAGCAAGUCUGAAACAGCGAGAGGAAGCGUUGACCCCCGAUUCAAGAACGCGUUCAGAGGCUGCGCCCGAGACGGAGCGUCUGGUCUCACGAAAUCCAUUUGCGAGGACAGCGCAGAGUGCCGUGAAGACGACGAAGGCAUGCCCAGGGAGCCAGAAAGAUAUCGCAGUGCUCAGUCCGAGAGUUAGGCCGCAUCCUCGUGUUGAGGAAACACCGCCGACCGCGGAUCCGGAUGCUGCUUCGCCCCCGAAAGCGAAGGCACUCAAGCCAAUCUCACAGCUGCGCAUCCCCCCUCCACCUGCACCGCCCUCUGGAAGCAAAUCAAGAAAGCGCGAGCAGUCUGUUCGACCAACACCCAAGUCGAAUAAGCAAAUGACCAUCUCUGAAUCGCUGUUCGCGGACGGCAAAACAAGCGAGACUGCGAGGGGUAGCAUCAAGCCGGAGACUAAAGGAGGACCUGUUCCUCCUAGUACAAAGUUGUCCGCCAAAAGCAAGCCCGCGUCGACUGGGAAACCCAGGUCGAGGACGUCUUUCGACUUGAGAGCUUGGUGCGCGUCCGGCGAGUGACCACGCGUGGUCACCGCGAUGGCUUCUGGCAACGGACAGGGUAGCAGGUAAGAGGUUAGGCACGGCGAUAGAUUGCAAGCAAUCGCGAGACAUUGGCCCUAACAAAGCGGUAC